AUGUCGGUCAAAGAGGAUAUUCCUGCCAUUUUUCUUGCUCAGUUGAGUCCUCGUGGCUUGGAGGCUAUUCAGAAAACAAAGGAUUUCGUCAAUGACUACUGUAUUCCAGCAGAUAAAAUUUACUACGAACAGCUCUCGGACGAUCCUGCUAAAAGAUGGGCCCUGACUCCCGAAAUCACAGAGAAGCUCAAGAAGAAAGCGAAAGAGUUGGGCCUUUGGAAUAUGUUUCUUUCCAAGCACUACGCAGAGGGUGGUGGUUUCACUAAUUUGGAGUAUGGCUUGAUGGCUAUGUACUUGGGUAGAGCCCAUGUGGCACCGGAAGCAACUAACACAAACGCUCCAGAUACGGGAAAUAUGGAGAUUUUGGCUAGAUACGGUACUCCUUACCAGAAGGAGAAAUGGUUGAAGCCAUUGCUCAACGGUGAGAUCAGGUCAGCUUUCUUGAUGACAGAAAAGGGUACCUCUUCAUCCAACGCAUUAAAUAUAUCGACUUCGGCAAGGAAGAAUGAGAGGGGCAAUCUUGUUUUGAACGGUUUCAAGUGGUUUGCCUCGGGCGCUGGUGACCCUAGAUGUGCUGUGUGGCUCGUUAUGUGUAAAACAUCCAACGACAAGAGUAAGCCCUAUCAGAACCAUUCUGUGUUGGUGAUCGACGCAAAGAAGGCCAUCGCAUCUGGAAAGGCGAGGGUUUUGAGACCACUCAAUGUGUUUGGUUAUGACGAUGCUCCUCAUGGCCAUUGCGAGGUAAAAUUCGAUAACUACGAAAUUGCUGCUGAAGACAUGCCGAACGCCUACUUGGCCAAGGAAGGAAUGGGGUUUGAGAUCAUCCAGUCGAGGUUGGGACCUGGUAGAAUUCAUCAUUGCAUGAGAGCCAUUGGAGUGGGUGAGUUUGCACUCGGUAGAGUAGCUAACAGGGCAUGCAACAGACUUAUCUUCGGCAAACCAUUGAAGGAUAGAGAAUCUUUCCAGGUGAGUUUUGCAGAGCACAAGAUUGCCAUCGAAAGGUGCAGGUUAAUGGUGCUCAACGCUGCCCACAAGAUUGAUCUUGGAAAUGCUAAACUGGCCCAGAGAGAGAUUGCCAUGGCCAAGAUCGAUACUCCUAGAACUGUUCUCAGGAUUCUAGACUGGUGCAUUCAGAUGUACGGUGCUGAAGGUGUAUCGCAAGAUACGGAGUUGGCUAGAAUGUAUGCCAUGAGCAGGACAUUGAGAAUUGCAGAUGGCCCGGAUGAGGCCCACUUGGGACAAUUGGGUAGAGCUGAGGCAAAGAAGUUCCCUGCGAUCGAGAAACUUUUCAGGAGCUACGAGCAGAACGUCAGCAGGGUGGCUAAGUUGUGA